AUGGAGAGAAGUGGGAAGAGGCACUGCCCCUACAUAGACCAGCGUGGAGAGAUAGUGGAGGGUUGUAUUUGUCUGGCUUCAGCUCUUUCUUCAAACCCCUCACACCUAAAAGAGCUGGAUCUGAGCUACAAUUAUCCCGGAGAAUCAGGACUGAAGCUGUUAUCUGUUAGACUAGAGGAUCCUGACUGUAAACUGGAGACGCUUAAAACUGACCAUGCUUCUGAAAACAGAGCACGACCACGUUUGCUGAGAUAUGCCUGUGAGCUCACACUGGACCCAAACACAGCACGCAGACAUCUCUCUCUCUCUGAGGGGAACAGAAAGGUGACACGUGUGGAUGAGGAGCAGGCAUAUCCUGACCACCCAGAGAGAUUUGACUGCUGGGAACAGGUGUUGUGUAGAGAGGGUCAGUCUGGACGCUGCUACUGGGAGGCUGAGUGGAGUGGGCGUGGGGCUGAUAUGGCAGUGGCAUAUAAGAGCAUGGAGAGGAAAGGGGGGAGUAAUGACAGUGGGUUUGGAUGGAAUGACAAGUCCUGGAGUCUGGAUUGCUCUGGUAACAGUUACUCUGCCAGGCACAAUAGUAAGAGUACUGCCAUACCUGUCCCCUCCUCCCGCUCCAGCACAGUAGGAGUGUACCUGGACUGGCCAGCCGGCACUCUGUCCUUCUACAGCGUCUCCUCUGACACACUCACACACCUGCACACGUUCCACUCCACAUUCACUGAGCCCCUCUAUCCUGGGUUUGGGGUUUGGGGUUCUGACUCAGUGUCCCUGUGCCAGAUCACAUGACCUCCCCAUGCUGCAGGAACACAUGAGUCACCCACUCCUAUUCAUACACAUGUGUGAUGCUGUGAUGUUAUGGAAAUAGUGAUAUGCGUGUUCUGUUUAUACACCACUGCUUUGAUGAUACUAUGCAAAUGGUGAUAUUGCUUUUUUGUAUAUUUUGUCCAUUUUUCAGAAUUUAAUAUGUGGGUUACAAGAAUAGCAGCAACAACAUGAUGUAUUCUGCUCUCCUUAAGGUUUAGUUAUUUGCUGCAUCUGUCCCAAGCUAUUGUAGUGGCUGUGCAUAUUCAGCUGUUAGAUCAAGUUAUAUUAUCAGUCUGUUUGUUUCUUUUCUUUCUCUUUGUUUUUGGACACGGAUGCUCUUAACCCCCUGGUGGUGGGUGAAUAAAUUGCAAGCCACUGAAUUUUUGUCUCCAUGCUGCCUUUUUGUGCCUAAAGUCCCUCAACACUUAACCCUUUGAC